UCCCGUUCUAGUCGACAGUCUGGCUCAAUGGAAUACGGAGAGACCACAGCGCUUAUAACACGAAACAAUAUCGCUUCUCCAGUUGUGCAUGGAUGCAGACAGGUGUGAGGACAGGAACUAGUGGAAUCUAGUGGAGUGGGGACACACACACAAACCAUGGCCACUGCCAGCAGAGUGGGCUCGGGGAGAGCUGGUUGGGUGGCGUUCGCAGACGAAGCCUUCGGGACGAGCACGGAGCGUCAAGCAGAUGUGGACAGCAGCUUGCAGAGGCCUAGCCCCGCCCCUUCUGAGAACUCCUCCAGUGUGGAGCUGUUAGCCCCUCCCCCUCAGCAGAACACAUGGGUCAUAUUCGAAGAGAAGCCCUGGCCCUCGCCCAGUCCGCAGUCGCAGGUAAAAGGUACUUCCAGACACAGUGUAUGUUCCACGGCCAGUUUCUGGAGCGCCGUCCCGCCCUCGGAGAGCAGCUGGACCCAAUCAGAACCAGGCUCAGUCUGGACCACACAAUCAGAGCAGAGCUCUGUGAGCAUGGGGGCAUCGUCUUGUGAUCUGGCCACCCUAAACGCAGAGGAACGGCACAAUGAGUCGUCAUCCCGACCCCAGUCACCCAAUUCGUCAAUGUUCCCAGAGGAUGAAGGUAUAGAGAUGGAUUCAGUCAGCUGGACUUCCAACACUAAACUCCCCGGCACCCAAUCAGAGACCCCCAUUUCUUCUGGACGCUUCUCUUCCUGGGUGACCUUCGACGAUGACGAGGAGGACAAGCCCCACCUCCACCGCCGGGAGCAGCCAUCCCACAUCCGAUUGGAUAAUCUCAGCCCCUUCCAGGAUGCCAACAGUAACCUGAUUGGUUCUCCUCCCAACGUUUGGAAGCAGAACGGGACCCAGCAGAACCAGAACCGCCACCUCCUGGACCUGACGCCAGACGGAAACCCUCCUAGAACCCUUCUGACUGAACCUAUAACAGCUCCCCUGCUCCCCGGCAGCACUAAACCCUACACCAAGAAGAACCCUUUCCUGUGUGAAGAGUUCAAUGACAUCCAGCCCUCUCCCAUCAACCCCUUUAGUUCCUACUUUGACUGUAAAAAGGAAGUGACAUCACCGAUGAUCCAGAGUAAUGGCUCCGCCCACCACCGGGAGAGCUCUCCCUGUGCCUUCUCCUUUAGCUCUCCUUUCUUCCAGUCUCUCAGCUCCCACAGCCAAGAGGCCAAACGAGAGUCCAUUCUAGUUUUCUCCUCCGAGUUUGAGCCCACCAGAGGAGGAGGAGGAGGAGGAGAGACUGUCAGCCAUGUCACUCCUCCCUUAGACAGACUAGACCUGGAUCAGCUGAGAAACCUCCAGAUCACAGACCCAGACGAUCCAGGCAGCCCCACUCUGCCUGAUGACUCAGUGGAGGAUGCGGAGGAGGCAAAGGAAGAUGGGAUGGAGGGAGAGGAUGAGAGCGCCCCCUACCUCCCAGAUCACAUGACCUCCCAAGAUGGCUGGGCCAUGUUGCUCCGUAUACCAGAGAAGAAGAACAUCAUGUCGUCACGCCACUGGGGGCCUAUCUAUGUCCGUCUGUCUGACAACGGCGUGCUCCAGAUGUUCUACGAAAAAGGUCUGGAAAAACCCUUCAGGACCCUGAAGCUGGACCCUCGCCAUGAGGCGGCUGAACACCGCCUGCAGAACUACGAAGAAGCCGGCCGCGUCCACACUCUCAGUGUGGACCUCGUCCAAUACCGCGAGAGGAGACGAAUCCAGCCGAAGUCGCCCGUCACACACCAGCCAAUCCGUGAGCAGCUGGUGAAGCUGGGCACCACCUGUUACCACGACUUCCUGAGUUUUCGUCACGCGCUGGUGGAGGUGCUGAGGCAGUUGCCGGCAGUGACGGGCGGGGCGUUGCCGGGGACGACGGGGUCGCCCAUAGGGGCGGGGCUGACAGAGGAGGAGGUGCAGGUGGAGGUGAGGGACGAGUUCUACGGGACGGUCGCCGCAGGAGAUGGGAGGAUUCUGAAGCAGCUUGUGAUGACUCGUGUGCACGUGCUAGCCUUCCUCUCUGGGUCGGCAGGCUGCCGCCUCGGACUCAAUGAUGUGCAGGUCAAAGGUAAGGAGGUGGUCUCCAGACACGACAUUAUCCCCAACACCACCACACGCUGGAUCUGCUUGCGUGACUGCGAGCUUCACGACGAACACGCAGACGAACUAGAGUUCCUGUCGUCACGCCAAGUUGUCUUCACACCGCCACCCUGCCGCCGCUUCCAGCUGCUCGCCUUCCGCACGGCCUUCGCAGAGAAGACCCUCCCCUUCACGCUGCGCACCGUCGCCUCCGUCCGCGGCGCCGAGGUCACCCUGCAGUCCUGGCUGCUGAUGUCACAGGGGUUCUCAUCCAAUCGGGACGCGUUGAACCUCAUCCCCUGCGAGAAUGUGGCGAUACGCUACCCUAUCCCUGAGAUUUGGGCCAAGAACUUCCGUCGGGACGGGGUGAUGGGGGAGAGGUCACUGAAGGCGAGGUUCAACAAGGGUGCCAGCUUCGGCACGCCGAGUACUUCCGGGUCAGAGCCAGUGAUGAGGGUGACCCUUGGCACGGCCAAGUAUGAACAGGCUUUUAAAGCUGUGGUGUGGAGGCUCAGCCGCCUGCCUGACAAAAACUCUGCGUUGGGUCACCCCCACACCUUCUUCUGUCGUCUGGAGCUUGUUUCGGACCGGGAGGUGCCAGCCUCGCUGCAGAGCCACCUAGAGGUAGAGUUUGACAUGCCUGCCGCCUCUGCCUCCAAAGCCACCGUCCGCUCCCUCUCUGUAGAGGACAGGACAGAUGUCAAGAAGUGGAUCAACUACAAAUCACACUACUCCUACCAGGUGCCUAUAGAACAGAAAACAGGUGGCCUCUCAGAGAGCAGCAGCCCUACACUGGACCAGGACCAGCCUGGAGAAUGUGCACAGCAGUGAACACACGCAGACGGACGGAUGCAGGGAGGGCGGGAGGAUUUCAUUACUGUUUAUUUCACAGGAGAAGGGAGAAAAGUCACUUUUUGCACUUUGAAGAACUGUACCGGAGGACGAGUUGGUCGAUGUUUGUGCAUAGACUGAAUGUACACUGGACAUAACUGAUCGUAGACUGGACAUCAACUUGACGUAGACUGGGUCUAGACUGGAAGUACAAUGGUCGUAGACUGGACAUAGACUAGAUCUAGACUAGACAGACUGGUUAUAGACGGGUCUUAGACUGGAUAAAGACUGGAUGUAGACUGGGUAUGACUAGAUGUAGACUAGAUAAACUAUCACCUGGCAGUUUAUUAGGUACACCACCCCGUUCACGAAAAUGGAUCUCUCCAACAGAUAGUGAGUCACGUGACCAUGGCUUGCUAUAUAAAGCAGGCAUCGAGGCAUUCAGUUAUUGUUCGAUUGAACGUUAGAAUGGGCAAAACAA